UCAUGAAUCCACUCAAAUCGGACUUAAGAUGUAUUUAACUCAGCUAGGUGUAUAAUUUGCAGCGCUUGGCUUGGGUAAAUACUGUUUAUUGAGAAAAAGGAUUCUAGUAAGUAACAAACUGCACGUUUGUUACCUUACUUCCGGAGGUAUUCUUGAAUAUACGUCCGUGAAUGUAUUAAAAUUUCCUAGUCUGCAUCUGCGAACGAUUUAGGAUCCGUAACACAAACAUCUGUAAAUGCAAGCAAUAUCGAGAAAAGAAUGAAUGUAUCAGCAUCAUUGAAAAAGCAGAAUCGAAUAGCUCUAGUCCGCCAUUGGAUUUCUUAAGGCUUUCAGAUGUCGAUUGAACUGGAAUGCACAUAAACAAGGAUCGGAAGGUAGCAACAUCCGAAACCUUUGUUUCAACAAUGGAUAUUGUUUCUGGAUUUCUGUGAUGGCUGUGUGGAUUUUAUUGGAGACCGCAGACAUAUUUUGAGAGGAGAGAGGUAACGCAUGAGCGGAUGAGCGCUAAAUGUCUGGAGAAAGAAUUGGAAGGCCACAGAUAUCUUGAUACGCAUAAGUGAAAGGAAAUCCACCGUGGUCAAUCAAUUUCUUCAUGUUGGCACAAAAAAGAAAUUUUAUGAUGCUGACUGAAAAAUAGCAACAAUUGUCAAUUAUGAAGCCCAUAGGGGAAUACUGCUGAUUUUAAAGGCUUCUGGGAUUUGCCUUAGGACUCUGUAUAAACUUGUAGCUUGCUGAGAUUUCAACCAAAUACCAAACAGGAUCUCUAUAUUUCUGGAGACCCAUUGUAGAAAAUGUCACUUCACCUGGAGAGGCAACCAUGGCUCAACUGCAUAUUUAGAAGGGUGAUGGCUCAUCCAGUGCGAAUGGGAUUUGAUAUAACCUUCCUUCUAUGGAUUCUUGGAUUUGCGUUAAAAGGCAACCUGGUGCUCUGCCAGAAAUUAGAUGACACUUAUCCAGUUGUGAACACCAAUUAUGGCAGACUGAGGGGGAUUAAAAAAGAACUGAGUAAUGAAAUCUUGGGCCCAGUAAUCCAGUAUCUAGGUGUACCAUAUGCUGCUUCACCAACAGGAGAUCGUCGCUUCCAACCCCCUGAACCCCCUUCUUCUUGGUCAGAAAUCCGAAAUGCCACACAUUUUGCACCAGUCUGUCCCCAGAAUAUACAUGGUAUGUUACCAGAUGUUAUGCUUCCAGUGUGGUUUACUGCCAACUUGGAAGUAAUUGCCUCUUAUGUCCAAGAACAGAAUGAAGAUUGCCUCUUUCUAAACAUAUACGUACCUACUGAAGAUGUCAAAAGAAUAUCGAAGGAAUGUGCCAGAAAACCCGGCAAGAAAAUAUGUAGAAAAGGAGGUCCCCUUGCAAAGAAACAGGCUGAUGAUUUAGGUGAUAAUGAUGGCGCAGAAGAUGAAGAUAUUCGAGAUAGUGGACCUAAACCUGUUAUGGUCUUCAUCCAUGGUGGAUCAUACAUGGAGGGCACUGGAAAUAUACUUGAUGGAAGUGUACUUGCAAGUUAUGGCAAUGUCAUAGUCAUUACUGUCAACUACCGGCUUGGUGUUUUAGCGGCGUCUUCUUGCAUUAUAUUACAUUGUCAGUGGGAAGAGUUGAAAGAUGACUUGCUUCCAUUUCUUCAGCAACACUUCUUAUCAAAUAACGAGAAUGCUCCAGAUGGAUUUUUAAGCACCGGUGACCAAGCUGCUAAAGGAAAUUAUGGGCUUCUUGAUCAAAUACAAGCAUUACGUUGGAUUAGUGAAAAUAUUGCUUUCUUCAGUGGCGAUCCAUUACGAAUAACUGUUUUUGGAUCAGGCGCUGGUGCCUCUUGUGUCAAUCUGUUGACUUUAUCCCAUUAUUCUGAAGGUAACCGUUGGAGCAAUUCAACCAAAGGACUUUUUCAGAGGGCAAUAGCACAAAGUGGUACCGCUUUGUCCAGCUGGGCAGUCAGCUAUCAGCCAGCAAAGUUCGCAAGGCAGUUAGCCACUAAAGUUGGCUGCAACAUGAUAGAUACCAUUGACUUGAUAGAAUGCUUACGUACUAAGCAGUACAAAGAACUUGUUGAACAAGACAUCCAGCCUGCAAGAUACCACAUUGCUUUUGGACCAGUCAUUGAUGGAGACGUUAUACCUGAUGAUCCUCAAAUUCUAAUGGAACAGGGUGAAUUUCUUAACUAUGACAUAAUGCUGGGAGUAAAUCAAGGUGAGGGAUAUAAAUUUGUCGAAAGCAUAGUGGAUAAUGAGGAUGGAGUUUCAGCCAGCGAUUUCGACUUUGCUGUAUCUAAUUUUGUGGAUAACUUGUAUGGUUAUCCUGAAGGAAAGGAUGUCCUGAGGGAGACCAUCAAAUUCAUGUACACAGAUUGGGCAGAUCGACAUAAUCCAGAAACACGGAGGAAAACAUUGCUGGCUUUGUUUACUGACCAUCAGUGGGUGGCACCAGCAGUGGCUACAGCUGAUCUUCACUCAGGCUUUGGUUCACCUACUUUCUUCUAUGCCUUUUAUCAUCACUGCCAGAGUGACAUGAUGCCAGCUUGGGCUGAUGCUUCUCAUGGAGAUGAAAUCCCUUAUGUAUUUGGAGUUCCAAUGAUUGGUGCUACUGAACUGUUCCCUUGUAAUUUCUCCAAAAAUGAUGUCAUGCUAAGCGCUGUUGUGAUGACAUACUGGACUAACUUUGCAAAAACAGGAGACCCAAAUCAGCCUGUUCCUCAGGAUACAAAAUUUAUCCACACAAAGCCAAACCGUUUUGAAGAGGUUGCCUGGUCAAGAUAUUCUCAGAAAGAUCAACUUUAUCUUCACAUUGGACUGAAACCACGAGUUAAAGAGCAUUAUAGAGCUAAUAAAGUCAAUUUAUGGUUGGAGUUGGUUCCUCACUUACAUAGUCUAAAUGACAUUUCUCAAUACACUUCUACAACAACAAAAGUUCCUUCGGAAAUUACACACAGACCAUCAAAGAAAUGGUCUGUUACUACCAAGCGUCCUGUGACAUCAGUCUUUCCAACUGUCAAACAGGAUGACCAAAAGCAUUCAGCCGGUCCUUUCUUGGUUGAUCAAAGAGACUAUUCAACAGAGUUAAGUGUUACUAUUGCAGUUGGAGCCUCCUUAUUAUUUUUGAACAUCCUUGCCUUUGCAGCAUUGUAUUAUAAGAAGGAUAAGAGGAGGCAUGAUGUGCACAGAAGAUGCAGCCCUCAGCGUAACACUUCCAAUGACCUGACUCAUGCACAAGAAGAAGAGAUUAUGUCACUACAGAUGAAGCACACAGAUCUUGAUCAUGAAUGUGAUUCUAUCCAUCCACAUGAGGUUGUUCUGCGGACAGCCUGUCCUCCGGAUUACACAUUAGCAAUGAGGCGAUCUCCAGAUGAUAUACCUUUAAUGACCCCCAACACCAUUACAAUGAUUCCAAAUACCAUACCUGGAAUGCAGCCUCUCCAUACAUUCAACACUUUUACUGGAGGACAAAACAACACACUUCCACAUCCUCAUCCCCAUUCACAUUCAACAACCAGGGUAUAGCCAGACAAAGAUUUUAAGAAAAUAAGAAAUUGAACAGGUAUGAGAUUGCUAGUGAAGAUCAUAUUUAAAUUGGUGUUCAUGGUGCAUGACCAUUACUACAUAAUAGCAGAAAACAAUCUGUUGGAAAUUGUAACCAAUAUCUUUGGGCAUAUUCCUGAGAGGCAAGUAGGUUUGGAAACAUCUGAUCAAUGUAAAACAAAAACUCUCAUAGAUGGCAAUCUUUCACAAUUCUGUUGGAAAUCGAGAAGUAUUUUUCUCUGAAGAUUUGGAACUACAUGUUAAGCUUUGGUGCCAAAAGCAAUGUUGUACCAUUAGGCAUGUGUGAUGCAAGUGAAGAUGGAUUUAACAAACAAAAUGAAGCCUACACAAAUGCACAAGGAGCAGAUUCAAAAGAUAACACAAAUUCUGUUUAUUUUAUUUUUGGAACAGUGCCAUUGUACAAAUUUACAUAUGAAUCUACAUGAAGUACAUACUAUUAGGUUUUGAGUAGAGUAUUCAUGCACAAGGAUUUGACUGCUCUCUUUCAGUAAGACAGAAGAAAAAAACAGUUACUGCCAUGAACAGCUUUUUGCAAAGUGUUAUCGACACAAUUUUGGCAAAUAUGGGAACAGGACAUUUUUAGCACGAUACGCAUGAUUAUUUAUCUGCUUGGUGACUGUGCUGCUCAAUAAGCUGUGAUAAGAACAUACUUUGCAUCCCCACUCAAAUUCCCGUUAAAAAUAUUUCCUUCAUCAAAUGGCACAAACUGAGGAAGAGUUUGAUGCAAAUCCAAUACAAUAAGCUCUUAGUAGUUUUAAUGAAAAAAGAUCAAAGAAAGUAGUUUUGUAUAAAUGUGUGCUAGAAUAAUUGUUACAGUGAACACUCACAAUCAUAAGUUCUAGAAAAGGGAAUUUUCAGUGUUGUAAUUUUUUUCAUCAAAUUCCUUUCCUUUUCUAGCUUUCUUUAGUGUCAAUUUAUGAGACAGGUCGUGCAGUAAGGGAAGUCUGGUUUGCUGUAAUUUAUCUAUAGAUAUUUUUGAAGUUGUUUACAAGAGUAUCUUUGCCCUAUAAGUUUGUGCAGAGGCUGAUGAGGAAACAGACCAUAUGCCAAUGUAAAUGGAAGUUACAAUAAAUGCUGAUUCAGAAUUAGUUUUAUUAAUGGACAAUUUGAUAGGAUUUUAUAAGACUGUGUAUGCAGUGAGAAUGACAUUUGUCUUUCUAAUAAUUCAAAACUACAAAUGUGAGAUCAGUCAUGUUGUACUCAUAUGAGAUAUAUGGAAAAAAAAUGGCAGAAAAUUAUUAUUGCUAAUCAUUCUUGUUUCUAUUAGCCAAGUGAAUUGAAAGUUUACAACUUGCUCAAUAUAAUGUUACCAUGUAGCAUUGAUUGGAUGUAACACCACUGCCACUUUUUCAGAGGAUAUUAAUGUUGCCAGAAGUACUUUUGCCAAAUUAUUUUUUAUUUUCUGUGGUAUGAAUAGCUUACAACAUUUGUUUGAUUUGCUGUGCAUGCCUAAAAGCUCUUUGAUUUAACUGAAAGCAUGUUACCACAAAAUUUAGUUUUGUCACUUUUUGAAUAUUAAUUGCUGGCAUUUUUGUCUUAAAGUCAUUUAAGUACUUGUCUGAUCAUCCACUCCAUACUUACAAUCAGUGUGUAAUAGGUACUAUAUGAUUCACUAUAAAUCAUAAAGAUGUCAGAGACAAAUUAAAGUUAAUAAUUUAGUGUCACAUAUAUAUUUGCUGUUCACUUAAAGUAUUUUCUAGUAACUGCAAGAGUCAGAACUGAUUUAGAAGAUUUUUUUUCUGAUAAAAGUUUUUCCAGAAUAGUGGCAAUAAAAAUGUAAUUGGAAGAAACUCUAAACAGGCUUGGGAUUUGUGAGGCAAUUUGUAAAGGGAAGGGAUAAUGCUCACUAAUUACUUAAUGCAAUGUUUAAAAUUAAGGUUUCUGACUUUUAUGGUUUCUCUGAAGUCUUAACACAGUUAAUUAACUCUCACAUAAUAGAUUGUGAUAUGAAAAGCAAUUGUUUAAAUGUUAACAUCCAUUGUUUUUAAAAAGGUGACCUUGGACACUAGACAUUAUUUUUGAAGAAGUUCCCUUUUGAUAACCACAUGCUUUGGUAAUCUGACAUUCAUUUAAAAUAAGAACUUAGAAAUUUGUCUUCUGAAAUAUUAUUUAGUUUAUAUACAUAUAUAUUAUAUAUCUUUAUAUAUAUAUAUAUAUGUGUGUGUGUGUUUCUGUAAAUUGGUUACCUGGAACUGCUGUAAUUUUAUAGCACAUGCUUUUAUUGUGUUGAACAUAAAAAAAGGUAGAUUUCAAAAACUAUUCGAUAGCUGGCACAAUAGAAACUUUAAUCAUUCUGUAGUAAACACCAUUUUUUCUUAAUAUUUUGUUCAUGAAAAGCUUGAGCAGAAGCAGAACUGUAUGAAAAUUUUGUAAAUACUAGAAGUCGAGCACUCUGUUCAGCCAGCUUUCAGUGAUGUUAUCUGUAAAAUGUAUGUAGAAGGUUGAAAGAUGUUUGUAGUUGAAGGCAUGCAGUAUAGCACAAAUUGAAAUUCCCUUUACUUUUAGUAGGGAUGUGCUAUUUUUAAAAUCAUACAAUAAUGAAAGUUCUAGGAAGAAGGUUUAGAAUCUGAAUGAAUGCUUGCACCUAAUUAAACUUUUUCCUGCAAUAUUGAGAUUUCAUCAUUUAUGUUGAUUUGGAAUUUCUUUUGCAUUAGAAUUAUAAAGUAUUAGCUAAUAUUCAGAUUGAACUUCUGACAUAUUUCAGCUUUAAUGUUGUAAGAAGAUGGUUACUGAAAUCUGUUGUGUGUAUUUCACAUGAAUAUUGUGACACAACUAGGGAAAUUAAAAUAAUAAGACCAUCAAAAGUGCCCUGACACUUCUUGUUGCUUGUAAAUUGUUUCUUCUGUGCUGAUUGUUUCAGGCAUUUUGGCUUUUUCAUUUUCCAGUAAUAAGUUGUAUUUGAAUAUUGCUACUUAAUGUAAGUGGCAUUAGAUAAGUUAACUGAGUGGUUCUUCUUAUGGAACAUUCACCAAAAAAAUUUGAUUAUUAAAGUGCACAAUAAUCAUUUGUUUAGGAUAUUUUCACAGCCAGAGUUCAUAACAUAAUGCAUAUUCUACAAAUAUUUGGCAUUACACAUUUAAUGAUUUUGUCAUUUGUAUUUAUCAAGCAUAUUCCUGCCAUUUGGCACAAGCAGGUGCAACCAUUUUGUUUUGUUUUUAAAGGCUUGAAAGCCUCAAGUGACGAUAUGAAUUGUGUUUAAACAUCCAUGACUUUCAAGUUUUUUUUAAUAUCAAUAAAUAUUAUCAUAUUUUUAA